UGCGGUUUGUGCAUCAGCAUUUGUUGAUGCGUGUCUCACAGCAUGGCAGUGUUAGGUUUAUUUGGGGCAGUGGGGCGGGUGUGAUGGAGAAAGGAAGAUGGGGGUAAAAUGGAAGAGAAGAUACACUUGUGUGUGCCGGGAAUGAGCGUAUCUAAUUUGAUGUCUGAUCAGCUUAGCCGCUUGAACAGUAAAAUGUCACUCUGCAUAUGUUAGUAAUCUCUGCUGGCCGUGAGCCCGAUAAGAUUUUGAGUUUCAACCUUUUCCUUGUUACUGUCUUUAGUAGACGGAGUGCUUAGUGUUAGGGAGACCAUAUGGGUAUAAGACCCUGGCCCAAGAUAGGAACAGCUUGAAUCUUUUGUACCGAACAGCUAAAAACCCCACCAAAUGUGUGCUGUGUUCAGAGUUGGGUAUGACAUAAAUGCUUUAAAAAUCUAGUAAAAUCCCUGAUCCAGUGAUGAGAGCCAGUUAGAGAUUCAACAGAGACUAAAGGCCAAAUUCACAGCUGUCCCCCGUGGGAAAUUUAAUUGACUUCUCCUUCAUGGAAACUUCUUAAAGGCAUAAGAGGUUGUUGUUACUAAUAGGAUUUCUUUGAUGAUCAGAGAAACAGGUUUCAGUGUAAGCAACCAAUUACAUCAAAUACGUGCACGUUCAUUGACAGUGGCUUUGCUUACUGGAAAAUGUAAUGGUUCUCAGAUUUUUGCCUGGCUGACUGCUCGGGUCACAAAAACAGGUUUGGAGCAGACACCCAUGUGAUUGAAAAGCGAUGAUGGAAAUCUGUGUGAAACUGGUUUGAGGUCGUCUUCUGUGGCAGCUUGUAGGAGAGACCUGAAGAUCAUCUUACGCCUCAGCUUGCCACAAACUGCGAACAGCAAAAUGACAGUCAGGUGAUUCAUGGCAGGGGACGUGGAAGGGUUUAGCUCCUCCAUCCAUGACACCAGUGUCUCUGCUGGAUUCAGAGCACUGUAUGAGGAGGGAUUGCUUCUUGAUGUCACACUUGUCAUUGAAGACCACCAAUUUCAGGCCCAUAAAGCACUGCUUGCCACCCAGAGUGAUUACUUCAGGAUUAUGUUCACAGCUGAUAUGCGAGAACGAGAUCAGGACAAAAUCCAUUUGAAAGGUCUGACAGCUACAGGCUUCAGUCAUGUCCUCCAGUUCAUGUACUAUGGAACUAUUGAACUCAGUAUGAACACUGUUCAUGAAAUCCUUCAGGCUGCCAUGUAUGUCCAGCUUAUAGAGGUGGUAAAAUUUUGCUGCUCUUUUCUUUUAGCUAAAAUCUGCUUAGAAAACUGUGCCGAAAUCAUGAGACUCCUGGAUGAUUUUGGUGUAAACAUCGAAGGAGUCAGGGAAAAAUUGGACUCCUUUCUACUAGAGAAUUUUGUGCCACUCAUGUCCAGACCUGACUUCCUUUCGUAUCUGAGCUUUGAGAAGCUCAUGUCUUACUUGGAUAAUGAUCAUCUGAGCAGGUUUCCAGAGAUAGAGCUGUAUGAAGCUGUUCAGGCCUGGCUACGCCAUGAUAGAAGACGCUGGAGGCAUACGGACACCAUCAUUCAGAACAUCAGGUUUUGUUUGAUGACACCAUCCAGUGUUUUUGAGAAGGUAAAAACAUCAGAGUUUUAUCGAUACUCCCGGCAGCUGCGACAUGAGGUUGACCAAGCCAUGAAUUACUUUCAUAGCGUUCACCAACAGCCUUUGAUGGAAAUGAAAUCGAACAAAAUUCGUUCUGCCAAACCCCAGACUGCAGUAUUUAGAGGAAUGAUAGGACACAGUAUGGUAAACAGUAAAAUUCUUCUCUUGCACAAACCAAGGGUCUGGUGGGAACUAGAGGGUCCUCAAGUACCUUUACGACCAGACUGCCUUGCCAUUGUGAAUAACUUUGUGUUCCUAUUAGGUGGGGAAGAACUGGGGCCAGAUGGUGAGUUUCAUGCUUCAUCCAAAGUGUUCAGAUAUGACCCAAGACAGAACACUUGGUUACGAAUGGCAGACAUGUCUGUUCCACGUUCUGAGUUUGCUGUUGGAGUUAUUGGGAGGUAUGUUUAUGCAGUGGCUGGGAGAACCAGGGAUGAAACAUUUUACUCAACUGAACGGUAUGAUAUUACUGAAGAUAAGUGGGAAUUUGUGGAUCCCUAUCCAGUCAAUAAAUAUGGACAUGAAGGGACUGUCCUUGGUAACAAGUUGUAUAUCACUGGUGGAAUUACAUCAUCUUCAACUUCUAAGCAAGUGUGCGUGUUUGAUCCCAGUAAAGAAGGGACAGUAGAGCAGCGAACAAGGAGAACUCAAGUGGUCACUAACUGUUGGGAGAACAAAUGCAAAAUGAAUUAUGCAAGAUGCUUUCACAAAAUGAUUUCUUAUAAUGGUAAGCUUUAUGUCUUUGGUGGUGUCUGUGUGAUCCUAAGGGCCUCCUUUGAAUCUCAAGGUUGUCCUUCUACAGAGGUUUAUGACCCAGAUACUGAUCAAUGGACUAUAUUGGCUUCUAUGCCAAUCGGUAGGAGUGGUCAUGGUGUAGCUGUUCUGGACAAACAGAUAAUGGUUCUUGGAGGCCUUUGUUACAAUGGUCAUUACAGUGAUUCGAUUCUCACCUUUGAUCCAGAGGAAAACAAAUGGAAAGAAGAUGAAUAUCCAAGGAUGCCGUGCAAGCUGGAUGGCUUACAAGUCUGCAGCUUGCACUUCCCCGAAUAUGUUCUGGAGCAUGUUAGACGUUGCAGCUAAAACAGAGUGAAUGACUCAAUGAAAUACAAAAAGCUAUACCUAAUUUUUCA